AUGGGUCGCAGAUGCGAGGUUUCGAGGGAUGAGACUAUAGCCCGGCAUGUUCAGCACAGGCACCGUACCGAUCCCGAGAGUCGACACUGGUCAACCUCCCCGGAAUUACCUCAGCCAGAAGAAUUGAUGGCAGUAGAGCCUGCUACACUUCCUCGAGGGCCUUACCAAGAGGAAAACUUUGACAAGCAAGCAUACCUGGAGUUUCAUUACGCGACGAGCCGUUUUGAGGGCGUCGAGCUCUCGAGAAGAGCUAUCCAAGAGUUUAGAGAAAGACCUCUAAAACAGGAUUCAGAUGACUUCCACGUUUACACUCAAGUACAUGUCCAGGGUUACUUGCUUGCUAGAACUGGACCGGCGUGUCAGGUUUCCUUCUCAACCGAGUGCUCAGAAUCAAAGAUAGUAUGGCACCAAUCUUCCCGUCUGGCCACUGGCAAGCUUGUUGCUUUGUCUCCUUCCUCAGACAAUUUCAAGAGCCAAUGUUUUGUUGCAAUAGUUGCAGACCGAAGCAUUCUCGGUGGAUUGGAGCCAGACUUUGAAGCUGGUGAAAGCGAGAACACUGCACCACGCAUACAAGUAUUCUGGGCCAGCCCAGAUGCUGCAGUCAUUGAUCCAUCUGUUGAGAUGGUGAUGCUCGAAACUAAAAGUGGCUUUUUCGAGAGUGUCCGUCAUGCUAUGGUUGGGCUGCAACAUGCGGCUGAGUUCGAAUCGAAGUUUGACAAAUACAUUAUUGAUGGCUUCAAGAAAGAAUGUACUGCAGCCUUCCUGACCGAAGAUCCUAAACUGGUUAUUCAGAUCCCAGAAAGGGCUAGAAGCUUCGAUGCUUCUCAGUGGGAAGCAUUUAACCGAAUGACUUCUCGACAAGUCGCAGUUGUUCAGGGCCCUCCAGGCACUGGGAAAACCUUCACAUCGGUUGUUGCCCUUGAAAGUUAUGUUCGUACUCUCAAAGCUGGACAAGGAUUCCAAACUAUUCCGCCCGUCAUUGUCGCUGCCCAAACCAAUCAUGCGCUGGACCAGCUCCUGGAACGUUGCCUGAGUUUCGAGGCUGUCAUUGCUCGUCUAGGUUCUCGGACAGAGAGUGAAGCUAUUAAAUCUCGAACUCUAUACAACAUUAGGAAGGACUCCAAAUUCGCUCAUGGCCCUAUAAAGGGUGCGAAUCGAAAACUUCAGCAAAUUCAGAAAGAUAUCAGAAACCUUCUUGAGAAGUGCUUCCCCGCCGAACUCAUUGCAGCAGACGAAUUCCUUGCCGAGGAACUGAUAACGCAAAACCAGUACGACUCACUCAAGGACGAAGAAUAUGAAAAUGCACCCAUAGAUCGACAGGACAACGAUGAGGCAAUUGAUUCCAUAAAGCAAUGGCUCGGUGUAUGCCUUGAACCAGACGAGACAUAUGUCUAUCGCCCUCCUAGAGGCCAGCGAGAACCUCCUGAGGAUCAAAGCCAUGCUGUCGACGAAUCGAAACAGGAGAACGACACGGAACGUCUUCGAGGUAUCUUCGUCCCUAUUAAGUUCCAUAUGACUGGUUCUAUCCCAACGGCAUAUGCGAACAGAUAUUCUCUACACUCUCGAGCAGGGAAACUACUCCAGAAUCACCAGGAUCUAUACGAAGUUGAUCAGACGCAGCGGGGCUUGGUAUAUCGAUACCUGCGAGAAAGACUCAUCAAUGCAAGAGCCAAACGCUUUCCCGAACUGAUCAAAGCGUACCAGGUGGCAUGUGACGAGAACAAGAUCGCGAGCUGGACAAAAGACGCCAAAAUGCUCACAAAUGAAAAGAUCGAGAUCUUGGGUUGUACCACAACCGGGUUGACCAAGUAUCGUGGCUUGAUCGCGGCAUUGAAUCCUCGAAUAUUGAUGGUCGAAGAGGCAGCUGAGACACGAGAAGCGAACAUAACAUCGGCAUUAUUCCCCAGUCUUGAUCAGAUAGUUCUGGUUGGAGACCAUCAACAGCUCGUUCCACGGGCCGAUGUCCGCGAACUGGAUUGCGAGCCUUACAACAUGCACAUCUCACUGUUCGAGAGGUUGGUAAAUCUUGGACUGCCAUAUGCAGUGCUUCAGGUGCAGCGCCGUAUGGUGCCAUCCAUUCGUGAAGUGGUCAAUGUAUUUUAUCACAAGCUUACAGACCACCCCUCGGUCAAUGAUCCGAAAAACCGACCUUCUAUUCCAGGGAUGGGAGGUCAAAGCCUACGAUGGUUUAAUCACAGUUGGAAUGAAGCUCAAAACACCGAUGACUUCUCAUACUUCAAUGCCACAGAAGCGAAAAUGAUCGUGUGUUUUGUUCGAUAUCUCAUUCAGAACGGUGUCGCCCCCAACCGGAUAACCAUAUUGAGCUUUUACCAGGGCCAGGUCAAUGUUCUGCUAGAGACUCUGCGAAGAGACUCAACCUUAGCAGCCAAGAAUCCGACAAAAGAAUGGUCCGUCAAAACGGUAGACGGCUUCCAGGGCGAGGAGAAUGAUAUAAUCAUCCUCUCCAUUGUGCGGAGCGCUCGCCCUGGCUUCGUGCAGAACCAGAACCGAGCCGUCGUGGCACUUAGCCGCGCAAAGUGCGGCCUGUAUAUAUUCGGAAAUGUCUUCAACCUAUUGCAUAGUGGGGCUGAAAGUUACCAGACCUGGUCGAAUGUCUACGAUGUGUUCGUGGAGCAACGUUGUAUCGACGACUCUCUUCCAGUGACAUGCGAGAACCAUAAGGCGCAGACCAGCAUCUCCAGCAUUGAGGACUGGGAUCUUAUCGCUGGAGGCGGUUGCAAAAAACUGUGCGAAGGGAAAUGCAUAGAGGGACAUCCAUGCACCUCAACAUGUCACCCUUUCGAGGAAGCAGAUCGCAUUUGCAGUCACCCUUGCGAGCGCACUCUCGGUUGUGGUCACCAGUGCAGCGCUUUGUGCGGUGAGCCAUGCACAUGUGGUAGCUGCAAGAAGAAGAUGCCUGUUCGACUUCAACGAGAGCCACGAGCCCAACAAGCCCAACGAGUGGAAGGUCUACAGGCUGCCUGGGGAAAAGCAGAUGGAAGGCGAACAAAAACUAUGAAUCGAAAUGGCAGAGGUGGAUCUCAUCGUGGUUCUGCCCAUACUGGACCUUCGGCAUCCGAUAGAAGUGUCGUCAGAGUCCGCAGCCAUAGCAACGAGCCAGACAUGCUACUGGACCAAUCUGCCCCUGCAGUAGAGCCUACUAUCGAAGAGCCUACGAGCGAACAGUUAAUGGAGACAGGGUAUUAUGCCGAAGGGGGUCCUGCCCGAUACCAUGCGCCAAGAACUUCUGCGGCCAUUCCAUACCCUGACAUCAGCUCCCUUUCGUUGAAAUGGAGUCCAGAAAAGGUUUCGCAGAAAGAACAAGAAGCCAAGCGAGCGGUACAACAAAGCAGCCCUUGCGCGACUACCAUCACAACUGCAUUCCGCCCAACGACGAUGGGAGUAGAUGGUAGUCGGCGAUAUGGCCCGAAAUCCUUUUCUAGUCACACUACUCCAGCUCCUUCCCCGACAAGAAGGCAAAACUUGCUCGAUGCCGCUGCUGGACAAGGUCUCGAUGAGCAGGAAGGAACGACCACGAACCUAGUGGCUACUAGAAGUGAGUCCCCCGAUGAUGAGGACCUCAUCAGUUUUGAUCAACACGAUGAACAGCCAGGAACGAAUGUGGAAUCGGUAGCUACCAGGAGCGAAACCUCCGAUGAUGAGGACCUUAUCAGCUUUGAUUGA